GGAUUCGGCGCAGAAAUUGUGGGUUCGCGUCUGGCUACAGCUCUUUUUCAUAUACCAUAUUUAAAUUUUUUUAUUUAGGAUUUUUAUUUUCAGAUUUUAUGUAAGUGUUCUACCAAGUUCUAUUUCAAACUUCAGUGUACAAUCCUUUAGAAUGGGAAAGGACUUCAAAAGAGAGUAGCAAUUGGGCUUUACAAGUGGGCCAUGGUAAAUUCUAUGAGAGCCAUUUAAAGCCCUUCAAGAUAGGAACAAUUUUCCACAAGCCCAAAAAGAUCUGUGCAAGACUACAAAUUUCAGAUGACCCACUAGGCCCCAGGGGUAUCCCAUCAACAAAUAAAGUUUGGUUCAAGUUUCAAUUUUAUUUAUUUAUUUUCUAUGGUUAAAUAAAAAAGUGCAUGUGAAAAAUCACAUGGCUGGCAACCACGGUGGCCGGCUAUGGCCGCCCGGAGGAUACAAAUUAGAUUGGGGAUUUAAAGUGGAAUGAAGAAGAGGGCAUUUAAGCCCAUUAUCAGAUUCAAAGUGGUUUUUAAAAACACCUUUUUAAUUUCCCUCGUUAGACGCCCAAGCAUCAUCCAAGGGCCCAAGCUGCCUUAAGCCCAGUCAACUCAUAUAAUGGGCCGACUUGUAAGAACUGGACUUUCGGCCCAUCCAUAUUAGGGUUUUGCCCUUUUAAGGUCUGCCGGUUUGCAACUCUGCUCCCUGCAGCUUCUCUCGUCCUUCACGUUUCCUGAUUUCGGUGUAGUCGCAAACACAAGGCAAAAUGCAGAACGAAGAGGGUCAAAACAUGGAUCUGUACAUCCCCAGGAAAUGUUCUGCCACAAAUAGGCUAAUUACUUCAAAGGACCAUGCAUCUGUUCAGAUAAACAUAGGGCAUGUGGACGAGGACGGAGUGUUCACUGGUCAAUUCUCCACCUUCGCUCUAUGUGGUUUUGUCCGUGCUCAGGGAGAUGCCGACAGCGCUGUGGAUCGGCUCUGGCAGAAGAAGAAGGCGGAAGUCCGACAGCAUUAGAAAAAGAUAAUCAAGCUUUUUAUCCAGUAAAAAUGUUAAAUAUGUAGUUGCGUGUAGUAGGGAGGUAGGCGUGUGCAAGGAUUUUUGACUCCUCUAUUACUAGUCAUGAAUUUAGGGUUUUUCCCCAUUUGAGUGUUAGAAUAUCUAUGUUACCAAGCAAUAUUAACUCUACUUCAGUUGCUUACAUAUUGCUUUAAACUUGGAAAUUUUCAAACAACCUUGAUGAGGGAUGUUUGUUUAGGGCUUAUGUUUAUCAAGUAAGACAAACUCUAGGUUGUUCCAAUUGGGUGAAGAAGAUAUGAUGGAUUUGUGAUA